UCACAGCUUCGACGCCGCCAUCCUCACGAGGCGGUGGGCUGGGCUUCUUCCGUCCCAAGUCCCCGUGCGGCCGUGCCCCUUCUCCACCCGAUGCUUCCGGCAUCGCGUGCCCUUUCUCCUCUCGCUGGCGCAGGCGCAACAGAUUCCCCCCCACCCGUUCCUUCGGCGGCCAGACGAAUCGUGGAGGGGAGGGAGGAUGGCCUCCGACGGCCACCCGCCGGAGCCGGGGAAGAAGGAGGAGGUCGCCGCCACCGCCGCCGGGCCUGGGGCCAACGAUUUGGACGAUCCGCAGUUCAUGUGCUGCGUCUGCCUGGAUCUUCUGUACAAACCAGUUGUUAUCUCAUGUGGCCAUAUGUCAUGUUUCUGGUGUGUCCACAAAGCUAUGCAUAUCUUCCGGGAAUCAAAGUGUGCCGUGUGUAGGCAGCCCUAUAAACAUUUUCCAAGUAUCUGCCAGCUCAUGCAUCACUUAAUCCUAAAGCUUGAACCUGCAGACUACAAAAGAAGGGAAAAAGAAGUACUAGAGGAAGAGAAGCGUAUAGAAACAUACUCUCCCCAAAUCAUUGAGUUUUUAAACUCCAAGAACAAUGAAGUUGGAAACAAUGGGGAGAACAGAAAUGAAGACAGUAAAACUCGACCUCCACAAGAAGCUUCCUUGAAUGGCAGCAUUGUGGAUGUGCACUCAAAGAAAAUUAAGUUGGAGGAUGUUUCAUGCCCUCUCUGUAAGGAGAUGCUGUAUCAACCUGCUGUUCUCAAUUGUGGUCAUGUGUAUUGUGUAUCCUGUUUGCCUUGCUUGAAUGAGGAAGCACUCAAAUGCCAUGUUUGUGGAAGUCUUCACCCUGGAGAUUUCCCUAAUGUUUGCCUGGACCUUGAUCAUUUCCUGGAAGAAUAUUUUCCAGCGGAAUAUGAAUCGAGAGGGCAAAAAUUUCAGUCUAAGAAGGGUGAAUGCAACCGUGAAGGAUCAUCUUCAGGUGCUUCAAGUACAAAACGAAGCAGCAGGGCACAUCGUGUUGAGGACAUAUCAAAUAUUCACAUUGGCGUUGGAUGUGACUCAUGUGGGGCAUAUCCGAUACGUGGUAAGAGAUACAAAUGCAAGGACUGCACCGAGCUAAUUGGCUUCGACCUUUGCGAAGCCUGCUACAACUCCAGUUCAAAACUUCCAGGACGCUUUAAUCAGCAGCAUACCCCUGACCACAGAAUGGAACUUGACAAUUCAGCACUCUUGCAAAGGUUCCUGAGGUUUCCACCCGAGGAGGGACAGCAGGAGCUGAUGAUGGAAGAGGCGGUUGUUGUUCCUGGCGCUAUGCUUGAGUUAGUCUUUGACAAUCAAGGAAUGGCGGGCAAUGAUGGGGGUCCAGGAGAUGCGGCCAUGGGGGAAGCGGUUGGUGCUCCUGGCGAUAUGUUGCACAUAAUCAUCGAUGACCAAGAAGGAAUGGGAGACAACGGUGAGGAGGAUCAGGAGGCCUAACUCAGUGACGCUGCUUCUGUGCGUGAAGCCGUUCAUCUUAUGUUGCUGGGGGCAGGUUACAUGUAUGUAAUGUGAAACGGAGGGGAUUGCAUGUUUGCAUAAGCUCAAAAAAUGGCUGGAUCGGCCUUGUUUGUUUUCGUGGCUCUCUUGUUACUGUCAUCAAAUGGCCAUAUGAAUUUUUCCGCAGCGUCUGUAAAUCCAUGCAAGUGUUUGUUUCAGUGGAAAUACAAAUAAGGAUGUGCAGAAUUGCAUCCGUAAA